AUGAAUACUAACAGACUAGUAUCAUCAAAUUUGCCACCUCGCAAAGGUUCGAACAUCAUACCAGUCGAGCUUUUCAAGGCCUUCAAGAUGUUCAAAAGAGGCUCUAUAGUGGUAGGAGCGAGGAGUAAGCCUGCGAGUUUUCGCGGGAUACGCUUUGCUACUGAAUCGGCGCGAUAUAGUCGUGGUACAACGGCCCUACCGACACAUGAAAGUGCGCAUUGGAAAGCGUAUCUGAGUCAAAAUCGUGAUUUAAGGGAUUUAAAGCCCUUUUGGAAUCUGCCGCGUAUAGCAGGGGCCAUGGAAUCCAAGAGUUCGAAGGAUCGUUCUCGGAAUGAGCCAAAUCAGAAGAACGACGACGUGGGUGAAAAUAAGGAGGACGGGAAGGAGACUCCCGACCGGAAAAUAGAAAAGCAUGAGGACACGGAAGUUGAGAGUGACACGGUAUCAGAAACCCGGGAACGUGAAUCGUCGAAAGCUUCAGGCGGCAGCGGCAGCAGCGGCAACAACGAUGACAGUGGAGGCGCAAGCAGCGGUAAUGGCGAUAAUGGCGAUUCGAAAUCCAGUGGCAAGAAACAGGUGAUGCCAGAAGUGUAUCCGCAAAUGUUGGCGCUACCCAUCUCGCGUCGCCCUUUGUUCCCUGGGUUUUACAAAGCCGUUGUGAUUUCGGAUAACAGAGUCAUGAAAGCUGUCAAAGAAAUGUUGGAACGGCAACAACCUUACAUUGGUGCUUUUUUGCUGAAAAAUUCUGACAAAGAUACAGAUGUGAUUCAUAACAUCGACGAAGUACACGAAGUCGGAGUCUUCGCACAAAUUACAAGCGCAUUCCCAAGCAAAGACGAGAAAACAGGAGAAGAAACUAUGACUGCGUUGUUAUAUCCUCACCGCAGAAUCAAAAUCGACGAGUUGAUUCCUCCUAAGGCUACUGCCGAGCCUUCCCGACAGGAUGAAAUUUUGUUGAAAAGAGAUGAGGACGCCGAAACCACGGAUGUCGUUGAGCAUGUUGAAAACGUCAAAAUCGAGCGUAACCAAAAGGACUCUCAAGAGUCAAUUGAUUUUGACGAGGAAUCUAACCCAACAGAGUUUUUGAAAAAUUAUGAUAUCUCACUUGUCAAUGUUUCUAACCUUGAGGAUAAGGAGUUUGAUAGAAAGUCUCCGGUAAUAAACGCUUUGACGUCUGAAAUUUUGAAAGUUUUCAAAGAAAUUUCGCAGCUGAACACCAUGUUUCGCGAACAGAUUGCGACAUUUUCUGCCUCCAUUCAAUCGGCUACCACCAAUAUAUUCGAAGAACCUGCCAGACUUGCGGAUUUUGCCGCUGCUGUCUCCGCGGGUGAAGAGCAAGAACUCCAAGAUAUUCUGGAACUUUUAGACGUUGAACAGCGUCUUGAGAAGUCUCUCGUAGUUUUAAAGAAGGAGCUGAUGAAUGCCGAGUUACAAAACAAGAUUUCCAAAGACGUGGAGACGAAAAUACAAAAAAGGCAAAGAGAGUAUUACUUGAUGGAACAACUGAAAGGUAUUAAGCGAGAGUUAGGAAUUGAUGACGGCCGUGAUAAACUCAUCGAGACCUUCAAAAAAAGGGUUGAAAAAUUACAACUUCCGGAAAAUGUCAAAAAGGUCUACGAAGAUGAAAUCGGUAAGCUCGCUACUCUAGAGACUUCUAUGUCUGAGUUCGGUGUGAUUAGAAAUUAUCUAGAUUGGAUUACUUCUCUGCCCUGGGGUAUCACAUCAAAGGAGCAGUAUUCCAUUCCAGUUGCAAAGAAAAUUCUUGAUGAAGACCAUUAUGGUCUAAAAGACGUAAAGGACAGAAUUUUGGAGUUUAUUGCUGUAGGCAAAUUGUUAGGAAAAGUCGAUGGUAAAAUCAUUUGUUUCGUGGGACCUCCUGGCGUGGGAAAGACGUCGAUUGGGAAGUCAAUUGCUCGUGCGCUAGAUCGUCAAUUUUCACGCUUUUCGGUAGGUGGAAUGACGGAUGUUGCAGAAAUUAAGGGUCAUAGAAGAACCUACAUUGGUGCGUUACCGGGAAGAAUCGUACAGUCAUUGAAGAAAUGCCAAACGCAGAACCCGUUGAUCUUGAUUGAUGAGAUUGACAAGAUUGGUCACGGUGGCAUACAUGGAGACCCUGCCGCUGCGCUACUUGAACUGCUUGAUCCUGAACAAAACAACAGUUUUUUGGACAACUACCUGGAUAUCCCAAUUGACCUGUCCAAAGUUCUAUUUGUUUGCACAGCGAACACUCUUGACACAAUCCCAAGACCGCUUUUGGAUCGGAUGGAAGUUAUCGAACUAACGGGCUACGUUGCUGACGAAAAAAUCAAGAUAGCGGAGCAAUAUCUAUCACCAAAUGCCAAGAAAGCUGCAGGUUUAGAGAAUGCCAAUGUUAAUAUAAGCGAAACCGCUAUAACCAACUUAAUGAAGCAUUAUUGUAGGGAAAGCGGGGUGAGAAACUUGAGGAAACAAAUCGAGAAAAUCUACCGCAAAGCUGCAUUUGAUGUUGUUAAGCAAUUGAGCAUAGAUGACAAGCCCGUCGAGUCUGCUCAGGCUUCGGAAGCAAAAAGGUUUUCGAAAGCUGAUGUAAAUGUGGGAGUAAUCGGAAGCACAUUGGACUCGGCAAGCGAAAGGAACGAAAAAAUCGAGGUCGAGAAAACGCAUGACAGCAAAGAAGCUAUGGUGAUUCCAAGCAACAUCUCGGUACAAAUCGAUGCGGACAAUCUUAAAAAGUACGUGGGGCCUCCGAUAUUUACAGCAGACAGACUUUACGAAAUGACACCACCAGGUGUCGUUAUGGGACUCGCCUGGACCAGCAUGGGGGGGUGUGCAAUGUACGUCGAGUCCGUGUUGGAACAGCCACUUUCACACCAUUCACAUGCCUCACUCGAACGUACGGGUCAAUUGGGCGACGUGAUGAAAGAAUCUUCUCGCCUGGCGUAUUCUUUUGCCAAGAUGUUUUUGACCAAGAAAUAUCCAGAGAAUAGAUUUUUCGAGAAAGCUGCCAUCCAUCUGCAUUGUCCAGAGGGCGCCACACCAAAAGACGGUCCCUCUGCUGGUGUCACUAUGGCUUCUUCCCUGCUCUCGCUUGCUUUGAAUAAGCAACUUGACCCCACAAUCGCAAUGACCGGGGAAUUAACUUUAACCGGAAAAGUGUUACGGAUUGGAGGGCUGCGUGAAAAGGCGGUUGCUGCCAAGAGAUCAGGCGCCAAAACCAUCAUUUUCCCUAAAGAAAACACCAGCGACUGGGAGGAACUUCCAGAAAACGUGAAAGAAGGUCUUGAACCCUUGGCAGCUUGUUGGUAUUCAGAUAUUUUUGAAAAGCUUUUUGCUGAUGUAUCCGCGGAGGCUGGAAACUCUGUAUGGAAAGCAGCGUUUGACAAGAUCGAUGCGCAAGAGGCCAGAAAGAAAAACUAG